AUGUUUGGCCAUACUACCCCGUCCAGCCAGUACCGUGCUUUUGCAGCCCUCGUUUGCCCAUGUUCGUCUCAUCUCACUUUACACGCCCCUCAGGAAGGGGCUCAGCUGGGGUCACUAGGUGAGAUUCGUGUUCAUGCUUAUUAUGUGGUCAACAUUCCCAGCUUGGAGUAUUUGACAGAUGAUUAUUUUUUAAAUAUGAGAUUUAAUAGACUUAAAGAAUGCGGGCAAACAUACAUGUUCAAGCUACCACCAGCCUACUGCAGAUCAUCAGCUCGGGAACCACUCGGUGUUCUCUUAUUACCCCAACUAUUCGCAUCAUCGAUGAACGCCGUGGCCACUCCGAGAUCCGUUCCCGAGAGCUGGUCCCUCGCCAAUCUGGCAGUCUCUCAGAGUCUCCAGUCCCAUGGCACAAGCGUCUACGUAACUGCGUACUUACUAGUGCCACAAACCAUCGUUGGUGUGCCUAAAACUUCAGCCCACCCCAGUCGUGUUUGCGAUUGCCAACACAUCGUGGUGAACCCCAGCUUCAACGAUUCAUCCUCAUUGACAGGUGUCAACUACACUGGUAGACUUCCUCUCUAUAGCUCGACGGCUCGCAUUGCGUCUACAUGCCUCUUCAGAAACGUGAUAGGCCGAAACAAGACUCCGGGCCGCAGAUCCUUACCCGUCGCGCCGAGUGCCGUGAGGAAAAAGAAGUCCAGUGUCCACGUUCAGACUCUCGAACCCGCAGACUCAGCUACAAAGUGCAAGACAUUCAAAAAAGCAACAAAAGGUUCGGCUGAACGAGGCUCAAAGUCUCUGGUCCUGAAUUUUCUGGACAUGCUGAUCAUCAGGCACGUUCGCCAUCCAACCGUUCAUUCCUAUUCCAGACGCCACGACUCUGCCGCGAGAGGGGAAGACCGAGUCACACAAGACAGGACUCGGAUUUCCCGCCUUGCCUGCUACACCUGCCUGCCUGCCUGCCUUCCUACCUGCCUGCCCUACUCUGAGAGGCCGAGUGAAGCCGUGGCGGGCGUUGCACAUCUCAGCCCUCCCGUAGAUGGCUUGUUUCUUUUGCCCUUUCGUCGGCUGAACAUGAAUCAAGCAGAGGGUGCGGAGGGUUGA